AUGUUGCGCUUAUGCGUAAUCAUUUGUUUCCUCAGUGGAGUCUUUUCGCAAACACCCGGUAUAGGAAAAUGCCCUCAGCCAAAAGUUAAAUCAAAUUUUGACCUCAAAAGAUAUCAAGGGGAUUGGUUUGAAUUGCGACAUAGCAUUCCAAAUAUUUACGAAUUAUAUGGAAAAUGUACCAAAGUCAACUACAAGUUAGACGAAUUCGGGUUUUUGAUUUCUACAAAUGAAAUGUUUUCAGAAUUAAAUCGAUUUCAACAACGGAUGAUAGGUAAUGCGACUAUUGAUACAGCGAAUUGCGUAAAGGGAUCAAAAUGUGGUAAACUGAAAAUGGCAUUUCCGUCGGCUUACGCUGAUAAAGUUAUCAGUCCUUAUUGGGUACUCGGUACUGAUUACAGUAGCUUCGCGACUGUUUGGAGCUGUUUAGAAUAUGACUCGUAUCAUUUUCAAUAUGUCUGGAUUUUGGGAAAAGAAGAACAUCCGGCAACGUCAGUUGUCAAAGCGGCGAUGCGUAUUUUGAAAAUAAACGGCCUGGAUGAUAUACCAAUGACAGACACGAAUCAAAAUGAUUGCCCAUUGAAAGGAUAA